AUGGGUAGCCCAAUCAGCCCAAUAAUUGCUAAUUUCUUUAUGGAGAGAUUUGAAGAAAAAGCGCUAGAGUCAUCCGUUCUGAAGCCCGCUGUAUGGUUUCGUUAUGUGGACGAUACAUUUGUGGUUUGGAAACAUGGACGUGACAGCCUAGAUGACUUCCUUCAUCACCUUAAUUCGCAGAGCCCGAGCAUAAAAUUUACUAUGGAAACCGAAGUAAACAACCAACUGGCCUUCCUCGAUGUGCUUGUCAAGAGAAAUGGCGACCUUUUGGAUCACACGGUGUAUCGAAAACCCACUCAUACAGACCGGUACUUACACAAACUAUCAAAUCACCAUCCAAGCCAAAAACAGGGGAUUAUCGGAACAUUAGCAAAUAGGGCAAGACGUAUCUGUGAUAAUGAACAUAUCCAAGAGGAACCAAGUCUUUUAAAUAAAGCCUUUCUUGCCAAUGGCUAUAAUGACAGAGAAAUAAAGGCGGCGCUGGCACCUAGGCAGAGGAGACCAGACGUCAAUGAACAGGAAAACAUCAUUAAUAAGGCCUUCCUUCCAUAUGUUUCCCAGGUCACCGAUAGGAUUGGUAAAGUUCUCAAGAAACAUAACAUCAAAACCAUAUACAAACCUACCCGGAAAAUAAGGGACUGCCUAAGACCAGCCAAAGACAAAAGAGAACCAUUAUCCUCUGCAGGGAUCUACCAGAAGUCAGCCGUAGCAGAACAUGCUAUAAGAGAUGGUGACCACAAAAUCCAAUUCGAAGACACCCAAGUCAUUGCCACAAUAUCUGGAUAUCAUCCUCGUCUGGCCAGGGAAGCUCUUGAAAUUCACAAACAUCCAAAUAAGUUCAACAGAAAGGAAGAAACUUUCUACCUUAACAGAAUUUGGCAUCCAGCUAUAUCUAGGACCAAAGUAGCAGCACCGAGGAGUAGACCAGUUCCGGAAGAACUACCACCCGAACAAGCCACGCCCCCUCCGCCGACGCAUAAAUACGCGCUACGCCGACGCGGAGGCAUCAGUCUAGUGUGA